GCGCAGCCCGGCCUAGGCGCUCUCUUCCGCCCCGGGCCUGGCAGCAGCGAGAGGAGCCGGAGCCGGGACCGGGGACCAGGACCCCUCCCGGGCCCAGCAUUGCCAACCCACGUAUCCAGUGCCUGGGCCACGGCUGGGCGAGAGGCAGCCAUGACAAGCUCUCCUGUCUCCAGAGUUGUUUACAACGGCAAGCGAAAUAGCAGUCCUCGCUCCCCAAGCAGUGAAAUCUUCACUCCUGCACAUGAGGAGAAUGUUCGCUUCAUCUAUGAAACAUGGCAGAGUGUGGAACGGGAUCUUCGCAGCCAGGUGGCAGGUGGUGAAAGGGGACUUGUGGAAGAGUAUGUGGAGAAGAUGCCAAAUCCCAGUCUGAAGGCAUUCAAACCUGUUGACUUGAGUGAUCUAAAGCGGCGGAACACACAGGAUGCUAAGAAAUCCUAAGAUGGCUAGGCCUGGCCCAGCCCCAUGUGGUGGUGUGUGGCCACUGGUACAUGAAUUUAAUGACUUUGUGUUGGUUUCCUCCUUUGGUCUGGACUGUGCCUGGGGCUGGCUCUGAAUUCCCUAGGAAGGAUAGGCUUCCUGCUUCACAGCAUCCCCUGGCCUGGGCUGCCAGCCUUCAUUCAACAGUUGAGCCCUGGAUUUCUCCUUUUUUUUCUUAGUAACUGACAUUUUACUGUGAUGAUGGAUGAGAGGUUGGUAUAUAUCCUGACUGACUAGAAGCGUGGAAUAAGGCAGAAGAAUCAGGAUCAACCAGACCUAGUUUUUCUCUGUAACUCUUUUCAAGGCCCAGCACGUCUUAGGAAAAAAGCUGAAAGAGGAUGAUGGGUAACAGUAAGGGUUACUGCAGUGCACCCUAUCAGUACAACAUGGGAAUUUAGACUGACUCAUCAUAUAGUAUCUGAUGUUUGGUCUGGAGGUGCAAAGUGUUGUGCUACAGUCUGUUACCUGCUCAGUCCCUUGGAACUGUGUUGAGGAAGAGUUGAAAAUAAAGAGUGUGGUCCCAGGGCAGAUUCCUUUGAGAUUCUAUUGAAUAAAACCAAGUAUUUCCCCUUAUUCUCUGCUGAAAAAGCACUCCAGGUUCCGCUGCCUUUACACCCUGUUAAUUUGCAUCCCUAGCCAGGGGGCAGGGGGCAUUUCUGAACUAGCCCCAGAGCCCAGCCCCCAUGCCCCAGCAGGGCAGGGGACAGCCUUGGUGUGUGCUGAGCACUAGCAAGUGGCCCAAAGGCCGUGCUUGUGUCCAGCCCAGACAUUGAUGUUUGGGACCCUACCCACAGUGGGUAGGUAUGGGGCAUGGUGGCUGUUGCUUUUCCCUUGUUAUGUCCCUCUUGGUCUGUGUCAGUCUUUAAGAAGUGUUGUAAAUAAAAGCUGGCUAGUCAUUUUGA